CUGAUAAGAAUCAAGUGUAGUGAAGUUGUAUAAAACGUGUUGUAAAGUUUUACACAAACAGCAAAUUUUAAAUUUGACUGAAUAUUAAACUUUUAGAAUGCAUUUUGUAAACUGAUUUAGCUUAUUAGGUAAAAUAUGCUAUAAAUAACUUACAACAGUUUUAUGAAGGUCGCAAUAUGGAUUAAGACAGCUGUAUAAAGUAGUGUGUUAAAAGUAUAAAAAUAGCAAUAAUUUAAACAUGAGGAUCAAGCUAAAGAAGGGAAAUAUCAAAAUUGUGUUAUUAAUUAUCACCUUCAUAGUUGUGUUUAUAGUGCUGAACAAUUCUUAUAAAGUGUCAAAUGAACUUUAUAAUGAUAUAUCAAGAUUUGAGGAGAACUUGGACUAUUAUGUAGAAAAUGUUGACUAUGAUGACAGUUUCUCUCCAUUCUUCAUAAGGAAGAAGAAGAUUUUUAACAAGAUUAGUAAAGGAUUUUGCCAAGAAAGGAGGAAUUUUGUGUUCAUAAAAACCAUGAAGUGUGCCACCCAAACUUUAGUUCAAAUAUUCAGAAGGUUUGGCUACUUAAGACAUUUGAAUUUUGUCUUACCACGAGGGAAUAAUAUUUACAUUGGUUGGCCUUUUAUACCAGAGAAACAGGACUAUAGACCGUCUGGACGAGAGUUUAAUAUUCUGACAGAGCAUGCUGUGUACAAUCAUACAGUCAUGACAAAACUAAUGCCAAAGGACACUAAAUAUAUCACCAUCAUCAGGGAGCCAUUCAGUCAUUUUAAAUCUACCUUCAAUUACUUCAACGUAGCCAACAUAUCAUUUGUUAAAGAGACCGAUAAAGUAUCUGGCUACCUUCAAAAUUUAGAAAAAUAUGAAAGUAGUUAUAAGAGACCAAAUGCAGCCUUACGUUACUGUAUCCCGGAUGGAUUUUCUGUUACUAAAAACCAACUAUCUCAUUGUUUAGGGAUGCCGUUAGGAUAUCCUUCAGGUCGUGAAAAUAUCACAGCUAACAAAAUGUUAGUGCAGGAUUAUAUUAAACACCUAGAUUCAGAAUUUCUACUUGUAAUGAUAAUGGAAUAUUUUCACGAGUCUCUGGUGCUACUUAAACGUCUCCUGUGUUGGUCUAUGAAAGAUAUUCUAUAUCACACCAUUAAUGUUGGAAACUAUGGUUAUAAAAAUACCCCACCUAGUGCAGAAAAUCUUAAAAUAUAUCAAACAUGGAGUCAUAUAGAUUACCUUUUAUAUGAUCAUUUUAAUAAAACAUUUUGGAGAAAAGUGAUAUCUGAAGGAGAUGACUUUCAAGCAGAAUUAUCUGAGUAUAACAAGGUCCAGUCUCAAGUAUCAAACUUCUGUUCGGACUUGAGUAAUAAAAACAAUGUGACAGUGAUUGAAGAAUCUCCAUAUAGUGAUACAUUUACUAUAAGCAAGGACUACUGCCUCAUGCUAGGAAUAGAUUUACUCGAGUAUUUAAAGAGAAGAUUUGAUAGAGAAGAGGCUUGGUCAGAACCAGAAAAUAAAACUGCUGUGAAAAGAGGCUGCUGAUUGCUGAAGAAUUAAUCAUUGCCAUAUAUAUGAUUUUAAUAACUUGAAUACUAACAGCUAACCAAAGGAAUCAAAAACUGUUACCUACAGAUAUUUUUUAAGGAUUUUUUUACAUUAAGAACAACUUGUUAUGUAAUCAGACAAUUACAUUUUGUUAGGUAUUUUUUUCUCAGAAAUUGAGAAUGAUGAAUUUGACUUGAAUUCCAAUAUAAAAUUCAGAAUUUUCAGCUGUAAUGUUCCAAUUGUAUUGAUAUAUUUCUUGUUCAGAAUUCAAUACAAAGUAUUUUUGUCCAUUCAUUUAUGAGAUUGAUAUGCUUUGACACUAAGACAGCCUUAGACAGGUGAUGCAUUGAAUAAGCAUGAAAAACUAUUGUCAAAAUUUGUACAUUUGUAAACUUUCAUUGAAGUUUUGUAUUACAUGAAUAAUUGAGGUACUAUUUAUUGCCUUAUGGCAUUAGACAUACAAUUAUUAAUGUGUUUUUGUGACAGAAGCUACAGAAAAGUCACAAAACUUGUCUGGACUUAUAAUUCCUAAAAAACUACUGUUGCAAUUUUAUUUAAACUUUACAAGAAUGAUCAGUACCAAGUCUUCCUAUGCAUAUUGUCAGCAUUUUCCAGUUCAAUGAUUUUAGCGAGAGUUAUGGCCUUUUAAUGAAUUUUACUGUUUAAAGUUUUGUUCAGACUUCUUCUGUUACACUACUAAUGUUAUUUGAUUGUUUGUUUGUUUGUUUGUUUCAUUUUACGCCUUUUCCCAACAGUAUUUCAGUCAUAUAGGCGGGUAGUUUCCUAACCAUCGUUCCUGGAGAGUUACACCAGUACUAAGACUACCUUUCUCCGCGCUAAACUACCAAAGCAUUCUCCGGGGAUCGAACCCACGCCAGAGAGGUAAAUGGAUUAGAAGUCAUCGACUCUAACCCCUCAACCAUUUGAUUGAAACUUUACAAUAUUGAAAGGGACCUCAAGAACUUGCGCAUAUUUAACAAUUCUGGUUAAUUAAUUUUUGGCUGACUCAUGGCCCUUGAAUAGAAAAAAAUAGGAUUUUGGCCAGUUAAUGAUUAAUUUUUCUCAUGCUACACAGUAGCUGCAACAUGCUACAAAGUAGCAACAAAGUCCAAUCACCCCUCAAUACAACUGUUUUAAUUGGCUAUCAUGAGGUGAUACAUGUGAUUACUAACUCUUGUGUUAUAAUAUCAUAUGGUGUCAGUUUUGUAAAUUUAGUUCUUUUUGCUUAAAUUAAAAUCCCAGUUUUAUUGUUUUUGGUCUCACUAAAUAAAAUCACAUGCAGUGUUUCAGAUAAGACUGUUAACCUUCAGUGUCUCUUUAGAAUAAUUACUGUAUUGCCCAAAUCCUUGGAGCUGUUGUGUAUAAGGGAGUGGGGCUAGGGAGGAGAGGGGUAGGUGGGGAUGGAGUUAAUUUUAUGGUAGUGUACAUCUAACAACAAAUUAUUGCAAGAACUGAUGCUGACUGAUAUAAAUGAUUUCACUGUAAUAGAAAUUCAAUACACUUCAUCACUAAAUCUCUUUUUCCUCUACCAAUAAAGCCUAUUAGAAGCUUAAGACAAAAUGUUAAGGAUUAUUGCAUUAAAUGUUCAGAGUUAGGAAACAGAUGGUUUUAUACCUGCAGCUAAAGAAGGGAAUGUCUCAAAUUAUCUUGUAAUCUUUCCUCUGUGUCAUUCUGCCUCAGUAUCUGCUAGUCUCCACUAUGUUUCUGUUUAUGUUUGUUUCUAUUUUAAGGAAAAUCAUGUCUAUGGAUCACUUGCUUAACAAAUUAUCAUGAGAUAUAAGUUAUUGCCAACACCUCAAUUUUCAGA